UGAAUUUUGUUACAAACUGAACUGUUUUUUAAUAAUUUACCAAAAUGCCUCUCCUAGACAUCACCAACCCGGCAGUUAUCAUCUUUCUAAAAGAGAACUAUGAAAAGGAGAAUCGAUUGCGACUCAACUGGAUCCACAAACAUAAAGCCUCUAUCCAACAGGCGGCUACUUUGACCAGGGAACCUACUAACUACUUCGAAAGCGAUGUGACUGCCCAUAACAUGGUUGAAGGCAUGGCUACCAUCACUAGAGACCAUAUUGUGGCUGGUUACAACAGACGAAAAGUUCCCAUAAGAGAUGGGACUUUUAUCCCUGGAGUAGCGAACCUCCGCCAUGGGCAUUCCGUCGUUGACAUCGGUCUAGGCGACCCCAAAGUCGACCCAAGAUUAGUUCGCCCCAAUACUGACUUAAACACAGAUCCGAUCAUGCGACCGGUCGACCCAAAGAUCACCGAGAUCUUUUAUAAAUCAAAACCGGAUUACGGUAGGAUGGAGUAUUUGAACAAACGCGGCAAAGUUUUGCCCGAAAGGAGGUUUUACUUCGCAGAGUGUAGCAACUGGGAGUAUGGUUGGAGGAUGGGCGACAGUGUGCUACGUCAAAAGCCAAUGUUUGGACGAUGCUGGCGGCUGACCAAGACCUUGAAGAGUCGAGUAGGUCCUCAACCAGAUCCACCCCAUUACAAAUCUUCAGAUCCCCCUGGCCCGUCAAAGUGUAUUUCUAUGUAGUUUUCAAAUAUUUUAAUAAGGUUCUUUUAGCUUUUAGUUAACUAUACUUAAUUUGUUGAUUAAUAUUAUAAUUAUUUUG